AUGUCAGAACCUAAUCGCCAGGCUUUUGUGGACGAUAUUGUGGCUAUCGAGAAGAGGAUAUUUGAUCUUCCUUUUGCUUCUAUGGGCAGCCUUUACUUCAAACGCGACCUUCCUACUGAUCUACAAGGCCAAUCACGGACUACGGAAUUUGGCAUGGGCGGCGAGCGGCGAGCGGCGCUUGACUUGGACAUAGGCCGAUGUAUGGAACGAUCCGACACAAUACCUGCUUGCUACAGCUGGAAGGAGCUCCAAUGGACAGAUAAUUUUGGAAAGCCAGUCGAAUGCUUCCCUUAUAGUCUCGAAUUUCUAGGUGCUGCGUGUCAUCAUGAUUAUCUGGCGCUUCGCAAGUAUAUGGCAGUGGCUCCUUACCUUCUGCCCAAAGACCCCGGCAAUGUGUCGAACCGACCAGCAUUACGACACCCUGGUAUCUCACCUUGCGUCUCGUAUAUUGACACAUUUAGGACAACAUCCAUUAUCGACUGGCAACACGCGGUCAUCGUUCCAUUAUCUCCCAUUGCUGGACACCCCAAAAUGUUCCAACACUCUCCACCGGCCAGUCUUGAGAAUCUGGAACCAGGAACUCAACCACUCGGAUAUGCCGAGAUGGACCCCCAGGAAAAAGCCGGGAUUGACUACCACCUUCAAAUGGGCUAUCUAUCCUAUCGAUACCGCGUGUCCAAUAGCGCAGUGAACAAGUUGCACCUAGAAGCUCUACGCGACCCGCUAGUCUUCCUUCGCCAGCAGCUUGUGGAAUACUCCGGGCGCCAAUGGUGGGGAGACCUCACGACUCUGCGUGGCGUACUGAUGUAUCUAAAUGAUAUCUGGGAUGAAGUUCCCGGCAGAGACGCAUCUCCGGAAUCUCCUAUUCGAUUCUCCGAGGAGGAAGUUCAAGAUUACGAAAAAAAACCAAACAGUGGUGGGCAACCUCGGGCGCAAUUGCCAAUGACUGGCGUGAUGAGCUCCAGGUUUCAGAAGAUAGCUGGAUAG